AUGGAAUGUUUGCACCGGUUCUGUAGAGACUGCAUUGACAAAUCUAUGCGACUAGGAAAUAACGAAUGCCCAGCAUGUCGCACUCAUUGUGCAAGCAGACGUUCUUUGAGGGACGAUCCUAAGUAUGAUGCACUGAUUGCAGCCUUGUAUCCAGAUAUUGAUAAGUAUGAGGAAGAGGAAUUUGCUUUCAGUGAGCAGGAGAGGAUUCGGAAUAAAAAGAUACAAGAAGCCAUCGAGGAAACAUUCCGAAGACAGUCCGAUGCAAUUGGUAAGAAACGUUCCAUGCCAAAAGCAACUGCAACUGCCUUUGCAAGGAAGUACAGGAGAACCCGGGGGAGAGUUAGAACCAUUACCCCUGAUAUUGCCCCUACUGGCUCUGCUGAGGAGGAUAGAGAAGAAGAAAAUUCCAAAGAGACCACCAGAGAGCAAUCUUCUACUGAUGAUCAUUCUCCAGAUUUAAGACAGAAAAGAUGCAGGAAGAGGUCUGGACCACAAGGAUCGCCUGCUGGAACCAUUGGCACUAUCGACCACAGCUUUGAGGAGAAUGAUGAAUUAGUUGGUGGAAAAGAAAUUUUAGCCACCUCUCCGUUGCGGGGAGAGAUGCUUGCAUGGGGGAAAAAUGGUACACGGAGCCAAAAUCGACACGGCAGUGUUGGUUCAAAUGGCAGGAGUGGAAGGAGUGGACGCAUUGCAAAAUUGGUGGAUCACCUCCGUACUGCUGAUGAAAUGGACAAAGAGUUCCAGCUGUAUGUUGUUCUCCUUCCUGUCGACGGACAAACCAUACCUAACUUGGAAAAGCCUUAUCUAAGUUGUCGACCAACCUUGUCCAUUCAACAUCUUGUACAGUUCGUUGCUCUUCAAUUGUCUUGGAAAGUCGGAGAAGUAGAGAUGUACAUAAGGAUGGACUGCCACCGCGUAAGUGUUGGCUCGAAGCCUUCCAGUACAGGUGAGGCAAAACCACGUCCAUUUGAUGGCUUGGAAAGACUGAGGGAAGAUAAACUUCUUUCGGAGCUUCAUCCUUCAUUUGCCUCUAGCAACGGUAACAUGGAGUUGCGAUAUGCUUUGAAAACUCGAGACUAG